CGGCGCCCACGCUUAUAGCUAGUACUUGAAUUAAACACACACACCCUUUCCUUCUUUUGUUUUCUUUCUCCUCCAAAACAGAGAACACACACAUACACUGUUCAUAACCAUGAUUUGGGUUCGCGGAGACUCUCUCGGCACUGGCAGCUUCGCCACUGUCAACAUAGCCAUACCCACAAAUACUUCCAUUCAUUUUCCUUCUCCCACCGCCGUCAAAUCCUCCGAUGUUCUCUCCUCGUCUAUGCUGAAAAACGAGAAGGAGAUACUCGAUUGCCUUGGAGCUUCCCCUUAUGUCAUCAAAUGUUUCGGCCAUGAUCACACUAUUGAAAACGGAGAAGAGUAUUACAACAUUUUCCUCGAAUACGCCGCCGGUGGUUCUCUCGCCGAUCAGGUCAAAAGACACGGCGGGAGGCUUCCGGAGUCUUACGUUCGGAGGUGUACGAGGUCGAUCGUCGAAGGUCUAAAACAUAUUCACGACAACGGUUAUGUUCACUGCGAUGUGAAGCUUCAAAACAUUCUCGUUUUUGAGAAUGGGGAUGUUAAGAUCGCCGAUUUUGGGCUCGCGAAGGAGAAAGGGGAGAAACAGGGGACGUUUGAGUGCAGGGGGACGCCGUUGUUUAUGUCGCCGGAAUCUGUGAACGACAAUGAGUACGAGUCGCCGGCGGAUAUUUGGGCUUUGGGCUGCGCAGUCGUGGAGAUGCUGACCGGAAAACCCGCGUGGGAUGUUCGCGGAUCGAAUAUAUGGUCGUUGUUGAUUCGAAUUGGGGUGGGAGAAGAAUUGCCCAAGAUUCCAGAAGAGUUAUCAGAAGAGGGAAAAGAUUUUCUUUUGAAAUGUUUCGUUAAGGAUCCAAUGAAGAGGUGGAGCGCUGAGAUGCUUUUGCAUCACCCUUUCGUUAACAAUGAAACGGUUUCUUUUCACAAAGUUAAUGAGCCGUUGCCGUUACCGUCUCCGUCACCGAGGACACACUUUGAUUUAACUCACUGGGCUUCCACCGUAACGACGUGGCUUCCGUCUUCCCCUGAUUCUGAUGAGUGGCGUAUGGCGGAAUUCGGGUCCUCGUGUUCGCCGGAGAAUCGGUUUCGGCGGCUGCUCACCGAUCAGACGCCGGCGAAUUGGUCAGAAUCGGAUGGCUGGACAAGCGUUAGGUGAAGUAGUUGGAAGUGCAGCGUUGAUUGUUCCAUUCCAUGGUCAUCAGAUCGUACGGGCCACAGUCGAUCACGUUCGUUGAUGCUCUGUAUUUCAUCAUUAGCUGUGAAUUAAGUAGGCAUAGGAGGAUUACUUGCCGCCACCUUUGGCCAAGUGUACAGAUAUUCAUUUUGUUGAUAUCACAAUUUUGUUUUGCUUUCAA